GCGAAUUUUCCUCAUCAGUCUCUUUUUUUGUUGCAUCAUGCGAUUCUUCAGUCUGGUUGUAGCAGCCAUAUUUACUGGUGUAUUAAGUACGGAAGAUAUUUGUAGAUACAAUGCUCAUGAAAACUGUCGAGUUUAUUCUGUACUCCCUUAUCCGUUACCGAGAAACGAAGAAGAACUGCAAAACAGUUGCUUAAAUUUGAAUAGAAUUAAAGAGUGCAUAUUAGACAAUGUAAAAAACUGCAGUGCUGAGGCUAUUCAAAAAGACAUUCCAGAUUAUGUGUACAGGGGCGAAGAGUCACGGGAAAGGGAAGCGAAAAGGAUUCGUCUUAUAUUAAAGGAUAAUCAGAGGUUAAUGGACGUUGCAACAGAGGUUUGUCAAGAGGACUCUCAGCUGCGCGCAAACCUUGUUCCAGAUAUGCUUUGCUAUAGCGAAAUAUUUGAGAUAAAUGAUAGAGAUGAGAUAUGCAUGAAUUACAGUACGAAUGCUAUGAACUAUCUUCGAAGUCGUUUAGACAAAAUUAGGCAGGAAGGUGGAGGAUUUAGCGAGCAUUCUUAUUGCUUGAGAGUUCUGUUUGACCUGAAUUGCUUUGUAGACCAGUUCAACAGGAAAUGCAGUUCGCUUGCAAAAGACACGGCACUUGAAUUAAUAAGGAAAGGAGGUAGCUUGGAUGACCAGUGCCCAGUUUCAAUUCGCCUCGACAUUCUAGAAUUUCUGGACGAUUUGAAGGUCCAAACAAAGCAAGAUAUCUUUGUCAGACAAUUACUAGAGAGUGAAAGAUAAGAAGAUUUGAGAAUGAAAGAUAAGAUUUCUGAAGAUAAGAAGAUUUUUUUUUUUUGCUUGUUAACUUUCCAUAAUGUAUUAUUUUCACGAUUUAUAAUGAUUGAAAUGUGAUUUUCUCUUUA